CCACAAUGCACUGCGAAAUAGCCACGUAAACGAAUCAUCCCGCUGUCUGUGAUUCUCUAGCUGCCACUCUCUGCUCCCUGCACUUUCAUACCUGCAUAUCACAGAUGUCCACAUGAUGCUGAACUCGUUCACCAGGGCUUCAGUGAGUUUACUAGAGCUGUAAGAUGUCGAUGGUGUUGUUCGCCUCAGUGGUUCGGGUCGGGGAUGGCCUGCCUCUCUCUGCAUCCACAGACUAUGAGCAGGACAAAGAGCUUCAGGAAACCAAGAAGCACCUCAAAGGUCUCUCCAAGAAACUCAGCCAGUUCCCCGACCGCUGCACACUCAAGACUGGACCAUAUAAUGUCAACUUCACAAGCUCACUGGGUGUUGGAUACCUGAUGGUGUGCACUGCAAACUACCCCAAUGUGCUGGCCUUCUGCUUCCUGGACGAGCUGCAGAAGGAGUUUAUCGUCACCUAUGACACCAAACGAAUUAGCAGCGCCGUGCGUCCGUACUCCUUCAUUGAAUUUGACACCUUCAUCCAGAAGACUAAACAGCGCUACAACAGCCCACGUUCCCUGUCCACCAAGAUCAACUUGGCUGACAUGCAGACAGAGAUCAAGCUGCGACCGCCCUACCAGCUCUCCCCUGAGGACCUGCGGGCUAUCAAUGGAUUCUCAGUGCACACGGCCUCUAAAUACAAGGGCAUAGCUCCCACACAGAUGUUGGAGCCAGUCACUCUCUCAGGCAUCGUGUCCUGUGUGCUCAGUGUCCUCUGUGGCGGCCUAAACCUGCUGCGAGGAGUCCACGCAAUAGAGAGCAUACUGCAGAAUGACGAUGAAGACUUUAAUUAUGUGAUUGCCUUCUUCCUCGGCACAGCAGCCUGUCUGUAUCAGUGCUACCUGUUUGCCUACUACUCUGUGUGGAGGAACAGUAAGUCCUUCCUGGCAUUUGCACUCAUCUGCCUGUCCAACAUGUAUCUGUAUGAACUGAGAAACAUGUGGCAGAUCCUCUUCCACGUGGCAGUCGGGGCCUUCAUGACCCUGCAGAUCAGACUGAGGCAACCGCUGGGAAAAGCACCAGACUACAAUGUCUGACAAAAACUUAAAACACAAAGGACUAUUGGACCUUCAGUCAGAUGUCUCGCACGUGCCCUGAAAAUGCAGCAGAGAUGGCCCUGACUAACCUGAGGACAAAGUGGAAACAAAAGAAAUACAAUCCUCCGUGAUCAGACAGAGAAAACCAAAAUUUUAGCAGCACCACAUCAGUCCUGUUCACUCCAUCCCAUCACCAGUGGGCAGUGACAGAUCUGAGUGAGGACUUAGAGGAAACUCUGACGCAGCUCUAAUCAUUUAUGGAGCUUAAUGGAUUGAUUUUGAGAGUUGUUUACUCCCCACCAUUGUCUGAUUAAGACAUUUACUUUUACUUGCUUUAAAAACAGCCACAGUUUAGGUCAGAGUCCUGCAUACGUGCAGUUUUUCAAACCGAUACUCUUCCUGAACCUGCAAAGCUACAGUUAAUAUCAGACAGUACCUGUUAUGUAUAACACAAUCCCUCUUUAAAACAAAUAUGUAGGCUGUUGAUUUCUGUUUAAAAAAUCCAGUUGUUACUGGGAUUGUAUCAUAAAAACACGAUACCUUCCAAAUGAACAUUUUUACCCUUACUACUCAAUACCCUUGAGUAAUAUUAACACCUCUGCGCAUUUAAGAAGCUGAGUCAAUGGAGCACAUAGUUAUAUAGAAAAUAAUGGAUGCAGUAUAUUUUGCCCUUAAAAGUUUUACCAAAAUUUGAUGACAUUCAUGAUUUUAGUGAUUGACUUUAAUAUCAUAUUAUAUUAUAUUCAAUAAUAUACAGUCGUCUUCAAUAGUAGAGCUUCAGACAAAUUUCUGUUUAUACCCAAAGAUUAUUGCGGUUCAAGACUGAGACUUCUGUUGUUGAGCUCAGCCAGCAACCCAUAGCCCAUAUUCACACCACGGCUAUUUUUUUCUCUGGCGUCAUGCUCGGGGUGGGAAAUUAAAAUUUCCUGUUGCUGUGCACUUACAUUGAUGUUAUUAAUAUAUAUUACACAUUAACUGCUUUGUGAUUGAUAAGACACUCAAAAACUAUAUGGUGAGAAUCUGGAGGUACCUGGGCCAUAUUUCAAGGUAAAACAAAAUAUUUGAUAACCCAUUAGCCUUCAACUACUUCCUAGAUGGCAUAGAUGUUAAGUUACAUCCAGUGUGUGUCACUUCCAGGCCAAUGUGGCUGCUCUGACCUGUCAGCAUGGACUGUUAGCUAGGAAGUGGUUGAAGACCACUGUAGCUAUUGUCUAAUGUCAGCUAUUGGGUUGUAAAAUAAGUGGUUUUAACCUUAAAUCAUGACCUGAUGUCCCUUCAAAUUUUAAAAAGUCUCUUUUUAACUGAUCAACCAGGAAGCAGUGACAUUCUGACAAUUUUUCAGAUUCACUUCGUUUUCAUGGCUGCCUGAAACACCGUACUGCCACAUUUGAGUUUCAGACCCUGAGUGUGACAUCAGGGGAAAUUGGCCACAAUUGUGAAUGUGGUCUGUGUUAGCUUUGCUGAAGGCAAGACUAAACCGAUAUUUGCCAGGAUACAGCUAAAUGGAAUAUAAUUACUAUUAAAACAUGUGUAACAUAAUAAUUAACUGUUAGGACUGAUAAAGUUACUGAUAAAGGAAGAUGAAAAAAACAAGAUUGGCAGAUGGGGUAUUAGUUUCAGUUUUUCGUUCACCCGAUCACAUCCAGUUUUCUUCCGUGCGCUUUUUUAAAAAGUUGUAGCUGAUAGAUGCAUGUUUUGCACCCGGGUCCAUGUGUUGCUGACCAGGUGCAGGUCUCUGGUUUAGGUCUUUGUUUAAAACUAUGCAAUGCUGCCUGGUGUGUGUGGCUCUUGUUUCAGAUUUGGUGUACUCUGUUUUCAGGAGCCAGUGAUUGUCAAAUAUUUGUCAUUUUGUAGACAGUUAAUUUUGCUAUUUAUUUACUGACUGAUUGUUCCGUGGAAUGCGGUCAAUGAAGAUUUAUAUAGGUUUUAUUGGUUUCAUUUGUUGUUUUAUGAUUGCUCCAUUUCCUUUAGACGCAGGCUGCCGUCUGGUUGUCACAAAGUAACUCCUGCUCCAGGAAACACAAACAGCCUGUUAGCAUUCAUACCCGACUUGCUCGCCCACACAGCCUCAAGCAUAUGCCAGUGUCAAGUGACUAUGUUAAUAAACAGGUCUGUGUUGGCAGCCGUAAAGAUGCGUAGCUGUGUUGUCGAUGCCAGAGGCAGCUCGCAUCAUCUGAGCAGCCUCUGGCGUGCUUUUCCUCCCACCGAGCACCUCGGUUCAGACAUGUUUGCGCCUGCCACUUACGAAGACGAAAACUCAAGUCUAUCACCUUCUGCCUUUGUGAUAGAUAUCAGCACAGUGCUCACAUUCAGCAUAAUUACAGUCAGGAGAUGCCACAUUCACCGUUAUUAGGCAGUGUGAGAUUUGUUCAGGGAACUAUGGGAACAUUGUCUGCCUUCCUGCACCAUCCUGACAAACAAUAGCAAACAAAUGAAGAAGGGUUCAGAAUUGAGUCAUACGCCUUUAUUAUUCAUUGUUUAUGAGUAGUUCAACAGUUGUGCCAAGAUUGUCAUGCCAUAUAUAAAAAAAAUUCUCUUCUGUCUCUCACUGGAAGAAGUUUAAAGUGAAAAUGAAAUGGAGCAAAGGCACUCAGCUCCACUCUGCAUCCAGCUGGCAUCUGCACUACAGAUCUGUCGGGGGACCGCUGCAACACUUCAGCAUCAUAUGAUUCAUCGUCGCCUGCUCUGAAUGUUCAGUGCUUUCCAACAGCGGUACCACACCUACAUGAGCUAAUCGCUCUGUUCGUAAUGUGUCUGGGAUCUGAACUGAGCUCCAUUGGCUUAGAUUGUUUGUGCUCACAUUCUCCUCUUCCACAACAUUUACAGUAAAUGUGCAGUGUGGCUGUGUUGUGUAAAAUAAGAACAGAGGAAUUCAAGGCGUUUUGUACUGGGUUAACCAAGUAUGGAAAAUGAAUGUGAGCAUUUUCAGACCAUUAAAACUUGGAAACGAACUGCUGAAAACUUCUCGUUCUGUGGUGUUGUACAAAUCUUUCACAUUUUAAACUUUUAUUUUACAUGUAGUGUCAUAUUAUCCCUUAAAAGUCCCUCUGCCAGGAUUAGAAUUCUAAUUAUUAUGAAAUGAAAAUGAUACCUAAUAAAUUCAGGACAUGAUUUG